CACCCACCUCCUUCUACCUUCUUUCUCUUUCCCUUCCUCCACAACACAGCCCCUUCUAUAUAGUCAGACAACACACCCUCUUUCCUCUUCACAGUCUUCUUCAUCUCAACACUUCUCAUCACAUUCAUCUACUCCACUUCUUCAAAUCCCAAACUUCAAGCUUUCCGAGCGGCGAUCUUCGACCCAGAAAAGGAAAAAAAGAAGGAUGAAGCGAGCCUUGGAAAUCACCUUGAUAUCCGGAGAGAAUCUACGGCUCAACAAGAAGCCCGUGAAGAACGCGGUCGUGGCGGUCCGAGUGGAGGCCAGCCACGAAUGCUCUACCAAACCGGCGCCGGACAAAGGAACAAACCCCCAGUGGAACGAGAAACUGGCCUUUGACUUGCCGCUGCAUGCGGGCUUCAUUACCUUGGAAGUGAAGUGCAGGAGCUCGUCGGGGAGUUACAAGCUCGUCGGCGGAGCGACGGUACCGGUUUCGGAUCUCGCCGGUGAGCCUGGCACACCAGAGGGCCUUGUCCAUUUUCUCAGUUAUAGGUUGAGGGAUUCUAAUGGCGUGCAGACUGAUGGCAUCAUUAACAUUUCGGCGAAAAUGUCCGGGCCGGCGCCGGCACACAAAUAUGAGGUUCCCCGUCCACCGAUUGGAGUGCCGGUCGGUCAUCAGAGGAAGAUGAUGGUGGCCGGUGGGUUGGUGAUUGGAGUUCCAGUUAGGUACGCUCAGCCGUGUAGAUGUUAGAGCCAGAGCUGAUCAAACCAAGUUGACCUUUUCUUUUAGACUAUUUUUUCUAGUGCUAACUCAACAUUGUAAACACAGUACGUGUAAUUGAAAACGCGACAUUCUUUGUAUUUUCUCUUCUGGUUCCUCUUGUGUUGGCAUGAUUGGUGCUAGCCCUUCUAUAUGGGAAGAAAUUAUUUAGAUUUGUUUGAUUUGGGAAGAAAUUAUGUUGAUUUUUUUUAUUUAUGUAAUUUUGAGAAUUGCCUUAUUUU